AUGUCCGUGUCCCCCCCCCAGCUGGUGUCCAAGCGCGCCGGCACCGUGUGCAGUAACUGCCAGACCAGCACCACCACGCUCUGGCGCCGCAGCCCCCGCGGGGACCCCGUCUGCAACGCCUGCGGCCUCUACUAUAAACUGCACCGGGUGAAUCGGCCCCUGACCAUGCGCAAGGACGGGAUCCAGACCCGGAACCGCAAAGUCUCGGCCAAGGGGAAGAAGCGGCGCCAAGGGGGGGGUGGGGGGGGCUCCGGCAGCGGGGCGGGGGGAGGGGCAGAGGCCAUGGGGGGCCCCCCUCCUCCCGCCCCCCCCCAUGAGGACCCAGCUGCUCUUUACGCCCUCACCCCCCUCGUGCUCUCCGGGCACCUCCUGCCCUUCCCCCCCCCCAGCCCCUUUCUGGGGGGGCCUGGGGGCAGUUACGUGCCCACCCCCACCCCUGCGGUGCCCCCCCCCAGCCUCAGCCCCCAGCUCUGAGGGGGGAGAAUGGGGGGGGAGGGGGUCUCCAUUACACUUUGGUGUCACAAAUGGA